AUGUUCCAGAGGUUUGAGGAGUGGAUGACUAAACAUGGACGAGUGUAUAAGGAUGCACAGGAGAAGGAGCUUCGCUACGACAUUUUCAAGUCCAAUGUGGAAUUUAUAGAAGCUUUUAACAAGAACAAGGACGGAAGGAAGUACACACUAAGCAUCAAUAAGUUUGCGGAUCGCAAGAAUGAGGAACUUCGAGCAAUGCGUAAUGGAUACAAUGUGAGGCAGCAUCUCUCCAAAGAAGUGAUCACCUCCAACUCCAUGAAAGUAAGUCCAAAUACAUUUUUCAAAUAUGCAAAUGUAACCGUGGUGCCACUUUCCUGGGAUUGGACUACAAGUGCUGUAACCCCGGUCAAGGACCAAGGAUAUGAUUGUGGGAGUUGUUGGUCGUUCGCAACAGUGGCAGUUGUAGAAGGGCUUAACUCUAUUAUGACAGGAAACUUAAUUUCGCUAUCAGAACAAGAGAUUAUCGAUUGCACAACUAGUUUCGAAGAUGAUGGCUGCCAUGGUGGUUUUGUGGAGAAAGCCUUCGAAUACAUGAUCCAACGCAACAUGAGCCUGUCAACUGAAGAUGGCUACCCUUACAAGGCUGUAGAUGGUGGCGUUUGCUUGGAUGACUUCAAUAAUGUUGCCUCCGGUGCCAUAACUAUAACCGGGUACAAGCAAGUGCCUCAAAACAACGAAAUUGCUUUGUUGCUGGCUGUUGCCAACCAGCCAGUUUCAGUUUAUAUUGAUGCAGAAGCAGAAGAGUUCAAACAUUAUUCGGGUGGCGUGUACACUGGACCAUGUGGUACAAACUUAACCCAUGCUGUUACUAUAGUUGGAUAUGAUACUACUGAGGAUGAUGAGAAGUAUUGGCUUAUCAAAAAUUCUUGGGGAGAAGAAUGGGGGGAGAGUGGAUACAUGAGGAUUCAAAGAGACUUUGAUGCCAAUGAAGGACUAUGUGGUAUUGCUAUGGGAGCUUUUUAUCCAACCGUAUGACUUAUCAAAUGAAAGAAGCAGCUAGGAGCUGCAAAUUCAUACAUGGUCAUGAGAUCUUAGAGCUAUAACUUAGUAUGAUUAAGCUUAUUUAUUCUUUAUG